AUGUGGUGGUGUCUUCACGACAGAGGCUUUCGUGUUUUCUGGCUUCUUGUGCUUUCGUGUGUUUGCAACGUGACUGGACAAGUGCGAUAUUCAGUACCAGAGGAAACGAGCAAAGGUUUUGUCAUCGGUAACAUCGCAGAGGAUCUAGGCAUCGACUUAAAACGGCUAAGGGGCGGCCGAGCUCGUAUUGUAGCCGGGGACAACAGUGGUUAUGUUGAGCUGAACACAGACAAAGGGACGCUGGCGGUGAGUGAGAGGAUAGACCGGGAGCUCCUCUGUGAACAGAUUUCUCCCUGCAGUUUCACCCUAGAGAUGAUAUUAGAGAAUCCGAUUGAGUUAUAUGAAGUGACAAUUAUGAUACAAGAUCAGAAUGACAACGCACCUCAGGUCCUUUACCCAGUACAAACUGGUGGUUCUGUAGUGGCUGAGAUUGUGCCUCGUUCAGCUGAUAUUGGCUAUCUGGUGACCAAAGUGGUGGCUGUUGAUGCGGACUCUGGACAGAAUGCCUGGCUCUCGUAUAAACUACAGAAACCUGCAGACAGGCCGCUGUUUGAAGUGGGCUCACAGAAUGGAGAGAUCAGAACUGUGCGCCAGGUGACUGAUAAAGAUGCUGUGAAACAGAAACUCACUGUUGUAGUGGAGGACAACGGACAGCCGUCUCGCUCAGCAAUAGUGAAUGUGAACGUGGCGGUUACGGACAGCUUUCCUGAAGUAUUAUCGGAGUUCACAGUGUUCACACACAGCCAUGAUUACAAUGACAGCCUUACAUUUUACUUAGUGUUGGCCUUGGCUGUUGUAUCUUUUCUCUUCAUUUCGUGUUUAGUCGCUAUCAUUUCAGUAAAAAUCUACCGAUGGAGGCAAUCCCGCCUGUUUUAUCAGUCAAGUCUGCCCGUCAUUCCAUACUACCCGCCACAGUAUGGAGACACUGCAGGCACUGGGACUUUACAGCGCGUGUACAAUUAUGAGGUGUGCAUGACGACAGAUUCUAGAAAGAGUGACCUAAAGUGCAUGAGACCUGGCAGUCAAAGCAUCAUUAGCCUUGACACUGGAGGGACACUGACUCUGCCACUCCCAUCAAGAGACAAAGCAAUCUUUGACACUGAUGAUAACCAGUUAAAAAAUCAGUUUAAUGUUCCAGAUGUUUAA